CGCCCGUGGGUGCUCCAAAUGACCGAGGCGCUAUUGUUUAUGGAAGACCUAAACUUAAUAGUGGUGGACUGGGAGAACGGCGCUCAGUUACCCAACUACGUCCAGGCGGCGGCUAAUACUCAGCUAAUCGGCAAACAGAUAGCACUACUCAUACGUAUGAUUAACUUCAACAAAGGUGUCGCGCCCGAGGACUACCACCUCAUAGGGUUCUCAUUGGGCGCACACGUGGCCGGGUUUACCGGUAUGGAGAUCAGCAACAUUAGCCGCAUAACCGGCCUGGACCCGGCUGCCCCAUUAUUUGAAGGUUAG